AGUGUGACACCCGGCGGAUGUAAACAAAGAAGCAUGAGCAGAGUUAGCUUCACUGCUGUGUGGACUGAGCUAUAAAACGGCUGUAUUAUAGUAUGAAUGAGAAAUAUCAGAGCGAUAAAGUAACGAUGUGUUCAGUUGAGUAUCUGAGAGAGUUGAUCAGCGACAGACUAGCUGCUGCUGCUGGAGAAAUAUUCUCAGAGUUUGAAAAAACCAUCGUCCAGUACCAGGAGGAGAUCGAUCGUCAGCGCAGACUGCUGGAUGUCAUCUGGAAACCACACAUCCCCUUACAGCCCAUAGAGCUCCCACAGUCUUAUGUCUGUGAGAAUGAGAAGACUGUUGUUGACCAUCAGCCCCAUGACCAGGAGAGAAACUCCGUGGUGGACCAUGAGGACCCAGAGCCUCUACGGAUUAAAGAUCAGCAGGAGGAACUCUGCACCAGUCAGGACCAAUCAAACCCAGAGAUUUCUCAAAUUAAAAUGGAGCAGGAAGAAUUGUGCACCAGUCUGGACCAAUUAGACCCAGGGUUACCACAAAUUAAAGUGGAACAGGAUGAACUCUGCUCCAGUCAGGAGGAAGAGUUAAUUGGAUUGAAACAGGAGACUGAUACCUUUGAGGUGACUCCUGCUGAUGAGGAAAGUGACCACAGUGAACCAAAACCAAACAGUGAUCAGCUCCUGUUUCACAUCUCUUGUGUAGCUGAGAGCCCAGAUCAGGAAGGAAGCAAGAAUGUGGACUCAGGAUCAACUAGAUGUAUCGAGCUGAAACCAAGACAUCAGAGUAACAACAGUCACAGUAAUGAUGUAGACAAUGCUCCAACAUCAGCGAGACAGUGUGAUAAUGACAAGGCAACAAAAUCUGUAACUUGCAAAGUCUGUGGAAAAGCUUUUAGUCGUAAAUCAGAUUUAAUCAAACAUCACAGAACCCACACAGGUGAGAAGCCAUAUUCUUGUGAAACCUGUGGGAAAAGCUUCAGUCAACAGACCCAUUUGACUGCCCACAUGAGAUGUCACACAGGUGAGAAGCCAUAUUCUUGUGGAACCUGUGGACAAAGCUUCAGUCAACGGACCUCUUUGACUGACCACAUGAGACUUCACACAGGUGAGAAGCCAUAUUCUUGUGGAACCUGUGAAAAAAGCUUUAGUCGACGAACCUCUUUGACUGAACACAUGAUACAUCACACAGGUGAGAAGCCAUAUGCUUGUGGAACCUGUGAAAAAAGCUUUAGUCGACGGACCUCUUUGACUGAACACAUGAGAUGUCACACUGGUGAGAAGCCGUAUGUUUGUGGAACCUGUGAAAAAAGCUUUAGUCGACGGACCCAUUUGACUGAACACAUGAGAUGUCACACAGGUGAGAAGCCAUAUGUUUGUCACAUUUGUGGAAAAAGAUUUUCUGGUUCAUCAGCACAUAAUAGGCACAUGGCAGUUCACAAAAUGGUAAAGCCAUAUUCUUGUGGAACCUGUGGAAAAAGCUUCAGUCAACGGCGCUCUUUGACUGACCACAUGAGACGUCACACAGGUGAAAAACCAUAUGUUUGUAACAUUUGUGGAAUAAGAUUUUCUGGUUCAUCAGCACAUAAUAGGCACAUGGCAGUUCACAAAAUGGGAAAGCCAUAUUCUUGUGGAACCUGUGGUAAAAGCUUUAGUCAUCAGACCUAUUUGACUGUCCACAUGAGAUGUCACACAGGUGAGAAGCCAUAUUCUUGUGGAACCUGUGGAAAAAGCUUCAACUGUAGUUAUCGAUUAAAAGCCCACAUGAGAAUCCACACAGCUGAGAAGUCGUGAUCCUGAAACAUCUGUGGAAAACAUAAUGUCAGAACUAAGGUUGAAACAACAUGUAAGAAUUGGUACAGGUUAAAAGUAGAUGUUUUAGAUUUAAAGCACCUUUAGUCUGUGCUUCAACAACAAUUGUGAGGAAGUAUGUAAGCGAUCCUUGAUGAUUAGACCAGAUGGAGUCUGGACUGUGGUGGAGCAGCAGGCAGAAGAACCAAACUGAGUGUCUGGAUGGAUAUGGUAUUGGUACAGACUGCUACAUUUCUGCUAUCAUGACAUCCUUCAUCAGCAGAGCAGUGAUUGGAGAUAAUGUGAAGCUGUUUGGAACAUUUUCACUUUCUGCUGAGAGAACAUGGCUGUUCAGGUGUGAACAUACUGCUGGAAUCCACUCAGCUUGAGCUCUGCUGUCUUUCAAGUAAAAGGAGGCAACGAGAUACAGAGACAUUGUUACAGUAGGACACAACAGAGUGUGUCACUGCAGCAAUGGAGAUCUGGACGUGAAAUAAAGUUGUAAUAAAAAGUCUACAGCUCCAUGACUGCUUCAUGAAAUGUUUUGAAUGUUUUAAACAGAUGAACAUUUACAAGUUGUUUCAUAAUUAAUGUAACAUUGAAGUUCCCCAGCAAGAAUAACUCUGAGUCAGAUAUCAAAGACAUAACCAACAUUAUUAUGUUUUCAAGCAACAGACACGUGGUUUUACUAGUAGUAGCUGAUACACUCCUGCAAAUGUCAAAACCAGAAAUGUUAAAAACAGGUGAAGCUGUGCUGCAGUUUCUGCUGCUUAGAUAAAGGUCUUAUGUUAUUUAUUUCUUCUAUUGUCACCACAUAGGUCAUCUGUGUGAUUUGUUAGUAGGAUCUCAUUGUGUCGUCAUACAGCACAUUGAACCCUUGUAUUGUCUUAAUGUCCUGAACACUCCUCCUGUCCUCAGGGUCAGAAAUGACCUGCCUCCACUGAGCCUCUAAAAUAGAGCAGCUUAAUGGAAUUUUUCACCAAAAAUCUAUUUUACAUGAAGAAACAACCUGUCAUGCAUCACACACUUUGUGAAUGCCUGUUUUUGCUUCCUCAGAGGGUAGAAAGACUGUAUUUAAUCAGUGAACACCAUUCGUUUUUAUACCAUUGUUCAUGCUGUAACUGUUUUCUUUCUUUAAGUAGAGGUUUAUUAUCACUAUUAUUGCUGCUAAAGGUACUGCAUAGGUGUAAACAUUUCUUGUUUUGCAAGAGAUAAUACUUCUAUAGCCUAAUAAAGUACCAAAAAUGUGCAGAAGUGAACUUGAAAUGCAUUUUUGAAGGGAAACAACAGUGUACUGUAUACUGUACAAUGGAAUAUAAAACUACAAAACUCAACUACCA